AGUUCAUAUGACUAUAAUGUGAGACAUUGGAAACGAGGCGGCGUUUUGUUGUGCAUUUUGUCUUCCUUCGUCAUUACUCAGUAGUCAAUUUUAAAUUAUUAUUUUUAUACAUUAUAAAAUAUUACAGCGUUUUGUACCCUUGCGCUACAUAACAUUGAGCUGAUCGUUAACGAAAACGUACGUGGACCCGAUCGAUAGUGUAGCUGUAUGACAACAAUAUAUUUCACGGGGACUAUGUGUUGUUGACGUUGAGACGUGCGAGAUAUCGGUGUACCAUUUUUUAAUAUUAUUUCGUCGUAGUCGUUAUCGAAAACCGUCAAGCUGUCGACUAACGCGGUAUCGGAAAUGGCGUUGAGCACAACGACCAGCCAACCAGUACAGAACAACAUCCAAUCAUCUCCGGGAACUGGGUGGCCUAGGCGAACCGUACCAGUCAAAUCGUCUACAUGCCCGUCGCUCAACAGACACAUAAAUUUGUAUCCUUUAUCAAAUUAUAAAUUUGGUACAAAAGAACCUUUAUUUGAAAAAGACCCAUCUGUACCAGCUAGAUUUCAACGAAUGCGUGAUGAAUUUGAAAAGAUUGGCAUGCGCCGUAGUGUUGAAGGCGUUUUAAUAGUUCAUAAGCAUGGGUUGCCACAUGUUUUAUUAUUGCAAUUAGGCACAACAUUUUUUAAAUUGCCAGGUGGAGAACUAAACCCAGCAGAAGAUGAGGUUGAAGGACUUAAACGAUUACUAACUGAAACUUUAGGUAGACAAGAUGGUGUUCAGCCAGAAUGGACUGUUGAAGAUACCAUUGGCAAUUGGUGGCGACCAAACUUUGAACCUCCAACUUAUCCAUAUAUACCACCACACAUAACUAAACCCAAGGAACAUAAAAGACUUUUCUUAGUUCAGCUACCUGAUAAAGUUUGCAAUGGCAACAUGAUUUGCUGGUUCAAAAAGGAUCAUCCUGGUUGAUUGUAAAACAUCACAUACAAGAAAUGUAUUUUUUUUUAUGAAAAUUGUCUAGGAAAAUUCAUAAUAGGGAUUUCUUAAGAUUAUUGUUCUAAUCACUGCUGUGUAGUUUACAUCUGAUUUUAAAUCGGCUGAAACUAAAUAUCAUAGAAAGGGGUCUAAGUUUAUGUUAAGAUCGUUAUAAACAAACAUAUGCACUUUUGAAUGAGAUUAAGUGCAUUGUAAAUGUAUUUUCUAUUAUAAUUAAUUAAAUAUAUUAUCUGGGACAUAAAUUUUAUUUUCUGAAAUACAGGGUGUCAGUCAUACUCCUUUAUAAAAUUUCGUAAAGUAUGAAUAUUUGUUCAAAUACGUCUUAUAUCAAUUUCAUUUUUUUUUUUUUAUGAACAAAAAUCUAAAUAACCAAUGUUGUUCUAUAUUUGAGAAACAUUGAAUAUUACUUCUUAAAGGUUUUAGGGUUCAAUAAGGUUUAUAAUAUUUGAAUAUAAUUCUUUAAUUAAAUACAAUGUUGACACUCUGUAAUUUUGUUUUUUUGUAUACAAAUCAUACUAUUGGUGGGAUGACUUAAUUGAGCUUUGUAAACAUCUCUCUAUUUAUAGGUUGUAUAAAUUAAAAUAUUUAAGUAAUAUCUAUUUCCAUUUUCUGAAAUUUUAUCGUGAGAAUUCAAUAAACCUGUUGUAUCAUAUGUAAAACAUAACAACUUUACACUUUGCAUAAAAGAAACUUUAGGGUUUAGGUGAAUAGUUGACAAAAUUUUAUUCUGCAUAUCUAAUUUAAGUACAAACAUCGUCAUGUUCUAUCAAAUUAUUUGUUUU